GACAGAGAGCGUCAUGAGGUCAUAGAGACGUCGACUGACGUUCUACACAUCAGUCUCUCACUGGAUGUUUAUUGUUUGAGGAAGGGCUGCAGUCAACGGCAGGCAGGAUGUUGCGGCUUCGCUGUAAGACCAAAAAUGGGAGCCACAUAAUGCAAGGCUUGACUCAUCAGUCCUGUGUGCAAGAGCUGAAGAGAAAGGUGGAGGAGCUGACUGGUAUCCCCUGUGACGUGCAGAAAAUUAUGGUUGGUUACCCUCCCUCCAGUCUUGAUCUUCGAAACGGAGAUGCUCACCUCAAGGACUACCCCAUCAAAUCAGGUGACACACUCAUUGUCGAGGAAGAAAAAAACAAGCCAAAGCCUCAGGAUCAUUCCACUGUGACUAAAGCACCGCGCCUAGAAGCCUCACCCAUUCUGGCACGUCGAGUGGUCCCAGCUGAUAACUCCUGCCUAUUCACCAGUGUGUAUUAUGUGGUGGAAGGCGGUGUAUACGACCUUGCUUGUGCCCCUGAGAUGCGCGGCCUCAUCGCUCAGAUAGUGUCGAGUGACCCGGCAGCAUACUCUGAAGCAGUGCUGGGAAAGACCAACGAGGAGUACUGCUCUUGGAUAAGACGUGAUGACACCUGGGGCGGAGCCAUCGAGGUGUCCAUCCUGUCCAAGUUUUACCAGUGUGAGAUCUGUGUGGUGGACACUCAGACAGUCCGAGUGGAUCGAUUCGGGGAGGAUGCCGGCUACCAUAAACGCGUGCUGCUCAUCUACGACGGCAUCCACUAUGAUCCGCUUCAGAAAGAGACCCCCGGCGCUGACGCCCCGCCCCAGACUAUCUUCUCCACCACAGAUGAUGUAAUCCUGGCUCAGGCCCUUGAGUUGGCAGACGAAGCUCGCCGCAAGCGGCAGUUCACGGACGUUAACCGCUUUGCAUUGCGCUGUAUGGUGUGCCAGACGGGCCUGGUGGGACAAAAGGAAGCCCGAGAGCAUGCCAAGGAGACAGGCCACACCAAUUUUGGCGAAGUGUGAAAGUUCUUUAGUCUUUUUUUUUUUCCCUCUCACAAAAACAACCACCAACCCUGUGCCCCACAUCUGGCAAAUCUGUUGGUCUAUUUGUCUGCUUGUGUGAUCCUCUACCUCACAUUGUCCAGUGACAUCUAUGGAGAAUUUGCAGACUGUGUGUUAAGCCUCGAACCGGUUCAGUAUUACCUUUUUAACUGCUGUCAGUUUUCAAAUUCAGAAACACUACUGCAGUGCUCCGAUGUCAUUAAACCAUCAUUUUAGUCUGUUAGGGAUGGUUUCAGCUCUGUUUAACUGGGUCAAGAACAAUUUGCAAAACAAUUCUUUGGAUUUGUUUUAAACCGUUAUAAUUUCUCUAUGCGUUAGACAAAGCAAAUAGUGGCUAAUGUAUCCUCCUUUAGAUAAAAGAAAGAAUCAAACUGUCACUACUUACCUGUGACUUUUCAAACUGACGUGUGGUCAAACACCACUAUCUGUCUCUAUGAAGAGUUUAAAACAACCACUAAGAAUUAUUUUCACUAUGAUGUGACCAUAUUCACUGUUGUCUUAAGCAGCACACCAAGUUUGACUGUUAUUCAUAAUGUUGGUUAUGUAGCAUGUUUUUUUUUAUUUCCCUUGUUUACAGAUGUCAGAAACUCUUCCAAUAUUCAAAACUGAUAAUUUGGCCAAUUUUAGAUAAUCUGAAUUGUUCAUCACAGGUCGGACUGUGUGAAUGCUAAGCUGGGUUCAUCUAUAUACAAACAUGCUAUUUGACUUUACUGUGCAAAGGCCACUGAGAUCGAGGUUAUGCAUUUUGAAAUAUAAUAUCAUAUUGCAAAUUGUGAUCCAUAAUGAGCCUAAUUGUUUUGGGUUUUUUCUUUCUUUUUUUUUUUGAUGUUGCAACAUGGUUUAUCAGUUUGCUUGUUUUAAAUUAGACAAAAAAUAAAUAAUGGUGCUGAAAACAACGUUUUACAAACCUUUAGCUGUUUUACUUUUCCUUCAUGGGUACGACAAUUUUUCAGGAGUGCAAUUUUUUCAUUCUAGUGUGUCAUUUUCAAAUGUCACCAUGCUGUGAGAACAAAUCUUUUUAAAAAGAAAUACAGUUUUGUUUUAUAUUGCUAUGUAUUUUGAGAAACGCUUCAAGUGUGAUGAAGUGUAUAAGCAUUUAUUUCAGAACACAAGAGUGUGGUGAGAGCUAGUUUAUCGACUCGAAAUCAUAAAUAAGACUUGCUGUAUGAGAUAAAACCUUCUCACUUAAUGCAUUUACUGUUCAGGUAUAGUACUUUACAUUUAUGUGCUUUGCUAAAUAACAUCAUAACUGUUUACCUUUUCAAUUAUUUUUCACCUCACAUUUGGAGACCAAGACUUAACUCUAGUCAGGGUGUUAGGGAACUUUGAGUAAAGGCCCAUUUUGGUUUAAUAUGGAGUGCAUGUUCUCUAAAAAUUACCACUUUGUUCCACUGUAUGUUUCGCACAACUGGAGCAUGUUCUCAUAUUUUCAGCAGAUGUCAGAUUUCAUCUCUGAGCUAAUUUCUUUGAUAUUCACUACCUGUAAGGAUGAAGCAUGCACUUAUGUUAAAUAUCAGCUCACAAAUUUUUCAUUGGAGGUCACGAAGAUAAAUGCGGAAGUUGCCCAGUUCAUCGCGGCCUCACUUUGUGCAGCAACAGUGUUUCUAUUUCACAGUCCUGUGAUUGCAAUAUUGGUAUUAAGUUGUUGCCAAAAAAUUAAGUUUAAACAAUGGAGGUCUUGUUUCUGGGAUUUUUUUCAGAUUUUUAUUAUUGGUUCUGAGAUUGUGUUUGGGGGUUAAGGAGAGGCAAAGCAAAAAUGUCAUUAUUUCUUUGUUUGAAUGUGAAUUACUAAGAUUUCUUUCCUCAUGUUAUCUUUUAGUUAUUUUAACAGUGAUUAUGGUUUAAACGGCUUGCAUAAAAGUGAAACUAUGAAAUGGCUUUGUUGUAUUUUGUAUUUACAAAGUUCUCAUGACUCUUCAAGGACAAUAACAAUGAAUGUUGCACACAAAGCACUACAGAAUAACUGGAUUUACUUGAUUUUUUUCAGUGUUGUGUCACAAUUAAAAGCUAUUGCCGGCA